AUCAUGCAGGGCCAUGUUGGCCAUCAUGAUGUACAGGUUAGCCGCCAGGACAGGAUCGUGCUUGAUGAUGGCCUCGGGCACCUCCGGUUCCUUCAGGUCUACUGGCUUGUAGGAUAGGACGUGAUUAACAUACCACCCUGGCUCCUGAACCAAGAUCUUCUUCUUCCUCUUGACCGUCUCCCUCGUCGUCUCUGCAGCGUUACCGGCCGACUCCGCUGGUGGGCUUUUCUGAACCUGUGGUUCCACCAGCUCUUCUUCCGUGAAAGAACUUGAGCUUGCCAUUGGGAUCUGCACCACUACGAUUUGAUUGUUUGGGUGAGAUAAUCAGACACCUCUCUAUAUACACACGUUCGACCGUGAGAGCUAGGGAGAGUCCUUAUAAGACUGCAGUCUUUACCGUGAGACCGUAAAGCAAGAUCUGGCCGGCUCAUCAAUCAGUUCUUCGCCUCCUCGGUUUAGGGUAGGGCAACCACCAAUCCUCAGGAGUCUGCGUUCAGGUCCUGGCAGUGGUGCUGGUCUACAUGGCGAGCAUGACGAGUUCAUCCGAGAAGGGGGUGCCGGCGGAUCCGCAAGUCGAGUCAGGAAGAAACAAGACGGAGAUAAAGAAAAAGAAGAAGGUGGUGGUUCAGGUGCCAGACCACGAUGUGAAAUAUGUCCUGGCCUUCAAGCCGCGCACCAUGGAUGACUUGAAGGUGCCUGACAUCCUCAUCAGGAAAGAUCCGGAACUGGCGGCCUGGUGGUACCAAAUGUUGGCGGACACGGCUCUCUUUUACGAGUCGAACAACGAAAGGAUGCUCGAGAAGCAGAGAGAUUAUAGGCACCAGCUAAGAACCAAGGGCAUGGUCACCUCCGAGCUUCUCGUCGAUGACGAUGAAGAUGACACCACCGCCACCUUUUCUGGAGGACGGAGGAGACACCGCCCUGGUGUCAUGAAAAAGCAAGAUGGGCAGACAAGGAGGCUAAAUUGAGUUCAAGUCUAGUGUUCUCUGCUACCCAGUACCCACCCCUGUUUCAGAAUAUAGGUUUUAUUUCGAUCUGU